AUGUAUAUGAUACAGCAAAAAUCCGAGGCACUGUCAUCAGCAGCCGCGUCUAACAAUUCCGACAGUAGCGAUGAUGACGACGACGAAUAUCCUGACGACUCGUUCUUGGAUGAGGAGAAGGCGGAUAAUCUCGAUUGUCUUCAAGUUUCUUCGGUAGAUACCCUCUUUUCUGAUGACCUCGGAACAAGGUCUUCUGGAGCUUUGGUUGCUGGUAAAAAGUCGAAACCUGACAGGAUAAAUCUUCGAAGCCGCUCUGAGCAAGAAGCAGACGAUCGUCUCGACGAUGAAUACGGUGUCAGUCCGUCCAAACUAUCAAGAGAUUCUUCUGGUGGAUUGCAUCUUCCCAUUGCCAAGAUAAAGACAUUAUUUGAUGUAUCCUCAAGUGAAGUUCGCUAUCAUCACUUGGCUCCACCAACCUUUCAACGAAAUACCAGUUCGUCGUCUCAGAAUAAUGGAAAUCUAGUGGAUUUAGAAUUGGCACCCAGCUCACGACGACAUGCGACCGACGUACCCAGCACAGAUUGGGACUUGUCCAAAACGGCAUGGUCCAAUCAUAUCCAACAAAAUUCGUUUGAUGCAUCCAGUCGUCAUCCUGGAGGCGACUGGGAGGCACCAUCGAAUGAAACCAACUAUGAAGUCAGCAAAUGGAAUCGUAGCAUGUGGAUGCGACAUUCCAAAUAUGGGCCAAGUCGACAGUCUUGUUGGUGGUUUUGGCAAAUCUUGAUUGCUAUUGCUGGUGCUGUGGUGUUGAUUGUCCUCAUUUUAAAAUCACGGUCAUGA